CCAGUCGACUGGCUCCCUCACGGACAGAUUGCUAUAGAGUUAUACUGUCAACAGGGUAGAAAAACGUCCAUCUCGAAUGAUAAACUCUUGCUUGGGGCAGCAAGAGAAGUAGUGAAAGCCGACUGGGAGCUCACCUUGCUAAAGAAGAAUACAAUAGAUAACUCGAGGUGGAAAGAGUUUAGUGGAAAGGAGGGGAUCUUGGCCAAAACACUAAAGGCACGCAUUGACAUGGAACGUACAAGAAGAGAGUUUCUGUGCAGCUCUUCGCUUGCGUUGAAGAUGCAUAGUAAUUUCGAUGCUACCCAACGAGAGAGAGUGUUGUAUAUGCUUCUUUGAUUUGCACCUCUCCGCUGCUUGUUGCCGUUGUUCCCCGGAGAAGUACUCAUGUUUGACUCAUGUGAAGCAGCUGUGUUCGUGUCCGUGGGUUGCUAAAUGUUAUCUGUUUCGCUAUGAUAUGGAUGAACUGAAUGUUCUUCUUGAGGCUGUGGAAGGAAAACUUAGUUCUGUGUAUAGAUGGGCGCGUCAAGAUUUGGGAUUGGCUUUAAGUGAACACCUCUCAGGAAGCAAGAUGGAGACUGGUGAGGAAGAACCACAAGCAGCUGCACUUUUAGGGAAAGAUUUUCAGUUAAAAGUAACAUCGAGAGAAGAUCUAAGUAGAGGGUUAGAAAAGACGCUACUUCUGAAAGUCAAGGAGGAGCAAUUAACACCAAGCCACUGUAUGAAGCCAGUCAAAGAAGAAGAAGGCAUCUCUAUGACAGCUGCUAAGUCCACAAGUGGAAAAAAGAGUUCACAGAGUGUACCUGAUGAUGUGAUACUCCUAAGUGAUGAUGAGCAUGACAUACCUAGGAAACAAGUUUCUGAGAAAAGAGAUGCAGUUUCGUCUGGAAAGCAUUUGAAAAUACAGGAGAGACCAACCCACGUUUUAGCGUUAGAAGCGCCUAGUAAAACUCCUGUUCCAGUGUUGGAAAAGCAAGCAAAUUCUUUGCCUGAUAGACAAAACACUAUGUCAUUGCCUACUAAUGACCAAAGAGCAAUGGGAGAGGAUGCACCGAGUUCUGUAGCUGAUGGGCUUGCUCUUGUUACGAGCAACCAAGAUGGUGUUAAACCUACCAGCUGUAAAUCCAAAACCUCUGGAGCUUUGGCUAUACAGGAAGUGGUUGAUGGGAUAAGAAGUAACUCAGGGACACCGUCUUGUUCGCAGAACAAUAGUCCAGAUAGGAUCAUCCGCCAAAAGGGUCCACGUAUAGCAAAAGUCGUGAGGAGAAUCAAUUGCAAUGUAGAGCCUCUAAACUAUGGUUCUGUGCUUUCUGGAAAAUCAUGGUGCAACCGCCGAGCAAUUUUUCCUAAAGGGUUUCGUAGUCGGGUCAAGUACAUAAACGUUUUGGAUCCGACGAGGAUGAGCUUCUACGUUUCAGAGAUUCUUGAUGCUGGACGCAACAGUCCAUUGUUCAUGGUUUACUUGGAGGGUGUUCCCAGUGAGGUGUUUGCUCACUUGUCUCCUACAAGAUGCUGGGAGAUGGUACGAGAUAGAGUAAACCAAGAGAUAAGUAAGCAGCACAAAGCCGGUAAGCUAGAUCUUCCUCCUCUGCAGCCCUCUGGGAGUCCUGACGGUUUUGAAAUGUUUGGAUAUACAUCACCUGCAAUCCUACAGGCCAUUGAAGCAUUAGACGUGAAUAGAGUUUGCAUAGAGUAUUGGGAGUCCAGGCCUUACUCGCGGCCACAGGUUCAGUUCCCUGCAAAUGCUCUUCUUCUCAGAGAAGCCAACACAAGCAUUCAAUCAUCAGAUGUGAGAAAUCUCCAGAAAGCUCCCAGACAACGUCUAUUACCUGCUGGAGCGAAGUCUAAUCUCAAAGUUCUGCUCAAGAAAGCUAAUAUGGAGGAACUAAGCUCACUUCAAGAGGUUUUAAGUGAGUCUAACAUAGAUUUGGUGACCGAACUUGUGAAGGAAGAGAUCCAGAAGCGGUGCUGAUUUAGUUGGAAGGAGAUUGAUUUUUAGUGUGUACAUACAGAGUUGAUGAGGCUCCCUGCACGUUCUUUUUGGACACCCUUACAGAGGAAACAGGGAAACAUAUAACCAGAAGCCUGUUUCUUCUUACGUCUCUUGAAACAACAACACAGAGGAGAAAGAAAGGAAGAAGACUUUAAAGGCUCUUGAAACCAUUAGUUUUUAGACUUUAGUCACUAGUGGGAACUACAACAAGAUUCAUGUGUGGAUUGGUUUCCAGUUCAACAUCACACACUAGUUUUGACAUCUAUUUUGAAAGUCCAAAGUACCUUGAAUUGAAAGAGAUUAUCAAAAAAUUACUUCAGAUAAUACCCUUUUUUCUAAUCUCAGCUCUCGUGGCAUC